CUCCCCGUUUCUGCUCCCACCAGCCUCCAUACCUUGGCCGUCGGCACACAAGCGCAACCACGGGGCAGCAGGAAAGCCACCCCAGCGACCCCUCACCUCUCCGGCAAGCCGCCCCGGCACCCCCUCUCCUCUCUGGCAAGCCGUCCCCUUCGGCCCUCCCAACACCGAUGGAUGAAGGUAAGGCUGCCUGCAGCGGGGACCUUUAAAGCUCCCUUCAGGACUUUUACCGCACGGAAGAGCUGCAGCGGCACACUAAAGAUGGAAUCCAACACCAACAAGCUUCAAAACCUCCAUAUCACCUCCAAUGAGGAAACAUAUCCUGUUCCCGAGAUUGAUUGCACGGAUGAUGAAGAUGACGAGGUCAUGGAGCCUCAAGUAACAUUAGGUUUCAUAGAUGAGCCUGAGGAACCAGAGGACUGGCAUCUUCUUCUCCCACAACACUUCCCCAACAAAGCUGGCGGUGUUCCGGCCUGGCUUGAUCCUGUGAAUUUGCCAUCAGGCAAGUCGAGGAGCUGUGACUUCUGUGGCGAGCCACUGCGCUUUGUUCUCCAGGUUUAUGCACCAAUUCACUCGAAAGAAACAGCCUACCACCGGACAUUGUUUGUGUUCAUGUGCCCUUCAAUGGCAUGCUUACUCCUAGACCAGCAUGAACAGGGGAAGGACAGAGCUGCGAAUCCUAAAAGAAGUGUGAAGGUUUUCCGGUGCCAGCUGGCCCAGGACAAUGCAUUUUAUCAACUUGAAGAACAUGAAGGAUGCAGUGAAUCCAUUGAGUCACAGUGUGCUGGAGGACCACGUGCUCAGCUUUGCCAUUGGUGUGGUACAUGGAAAGGUGAAAAAAGAUGUAGCGUCUGUAGAAAAGCAUACUACUGUUCCAAGAAGCAUCAGGAAUUGGAUUGGCGUAGCAGUCACAAGAAUGAAUGUCAUCAAAUUCUAGGUGCACCCAAUGAUUCUGAUUCUAUUUUGCCAGAUGCAAGGAAAGUUCCAGUAUUUGCUGGCGCGGCAUGGCCUGAAUAUACGGUGGUUGAUGAAACUGAAAAGCCUCCCCGUUUUGCUAAUUGUGAUGGCAAUAGCUCAGAAUUGUAUGUGGUGCAAGGACAAAACGAACCAGAUCACAUGUUGUCUUUGAUGGAUGAGUUUGAGGCUGAUGCUGACAACAGAUGCUGGGCAUCUUUUCUAGACCGCAUCUCAAGAGCUCCACAUCAAGUGCUGAGGUACUGCAGGGAGGCAAAAGCAAAACCUCUUUGGGCGAUGUCAUCUGGGUCUCUGGCCACUGCAGCUAUCCCGUCAUGCAUCUACUGUAGCGGUCCACUUCGCUAUGAGUUUCAGAUAAUGCCACAGCUGCUCCAUUUCUUCCAUGUUGAAAAUAAGCCCGACUCUCUUGAUUGGGCAACAAUAGUUGUGUUUACAUGUCAAGGGUCCUGUGAUCGAAAUAUCAAUUACAAGGAAGAAUUUGUAUGGGUUCAGUUAUACCCAACUACUGCGACAAGAUACCGCAGUUCUGUUCUUUCUUUCUAGGUUACCAAUCUCCUUCAACGAAUAAGAUUCUCCGGUCCGAUCUAUAGAUGUAUGUGCACCUGUCAUGGUGGAAGGGGGUGGAAGGUUGGGGGUGCUCACUCACCUCGCCAACCUGUCAUGGUGCCAGUUGUAUCAGUUCGUUCCAUUAUGUGUUGAUCUUGUCACCUUCCUAUUUACAGUUGCUGAGUUCUGCUAAACGCUCCAAGGCAAUACUCCUAUUGCAUUUUAUGUUGUUGAGUGCUGUCUGUUAAAACUAACAGAUUAUAAUGUUCAUUCUUCUGUUAUUUAUAGUUGUAUUGUCUGGUGUGGACAAUUGUUGAGAUUAAAUAUUAUAUAAUUUAGUGAAAUAUCCAGUUUACACC